AUGCCAACCUCCACCAUUCCCACAAAAGAGCAAAUUCUCUCCACGAACAAGGAGGCGGAGCCACUUCUCUCGUUCUUCGACGAUUUAUCCGAUGAGGAGAAAAUGAAAUUGUGGAAACAACUGACAACUCUGAAUCUUUCGGAUGCUCGUCAGUGGUUCAUCGAUUCAGAAGAGCAGAGAGCUCCCGCUUCGGCCGAAGAUCUCAAACCAAUCCCUCAUUCCCAUCAUUUUAAUCAAUCUGAAAUGCAUCAAGCAGUUUUGGAUGAACUCUGGAAUAAGGGAAUGGAUGCGAUCACUCGUGGAGAGGUUUGUGCAAUUGUGUUGGCUGGAGGACAGGCGACACGACUUGGAUCAUCUCAACCAAAAGGGACUAUUCCGUUGGGCAUUAAUGCUGCUUACGGAGAUUCGCUGCUCGGAAUUCAGGCGGCAAAGAUUGCCUUGUUGCAAGCACUUGCAGGUGAACGCGAUCACCAGGAUCCGGGCAAGAUUCACUGGGCCGUGAUGACAUCUCCAGGAACCGAGGAGGCUACCCGUGAACACGUCCAAAAACUCGCCCAUCAUCACGGAUUCGAUUUCAACGAACAAAUUACAAUCUUCUCACAAGACGAAAUCGCCGCGUACGAUGAGAAUGGAGAUUUCCUUCUCGGCUCAAAGGGUUCCGUCGUCGCCGCUCCGAAUGGAAACGGCGGUUUGUACUCUGCAAUCUCCGCCCACUUGCCACGUCUUCGUGCCAAAGGAAUCAAGUAUUUCCACGUGUAUUGUGUCGACAAUAUUCUGUGUAAAGUCGCCGAUCCACACUUCAUCGGAUUCGCCAUCGCGAAUGAGGCGGACGUCGCGACGAAAUGUGUUCCAAAGCAGAAGGGAGAACUCGUUGGAUCCGUUUGUUUGGAUAAGGGAAAGCCACGUGUCGUCGAGUAUUCAGAGCUCGGAGAGAAGUUGGCUCAACAGAAGACGUCCGAUGGGAAGUUCUUGUUCGGCGCCGGAUCCAUCGCCAAUCAUUUCUUCACUAUGGACUUUAUGGAUAGAGUGUGCUCCCCAUCAUCUCGUCUCCCAUACCAUCGUGCACACAAGAAGAUCUCCUACGUCGACAAAAACGGUGAAAUCGUGAAGCCGGAGAAGCCGAACGGAAUCAAAUUGGAGCAAUUCAUCUUCGACGUCUUCGAGUUGUCCGAGCGGUUCUUCAUUUGGGAAGUGGCGAGAAACGAGGAGUUCUCUCCACUCAAGAAUCAUCAAUCCGUUGGAACCGACUGUUUGAGUACUUGUCAGAGAGAUUUAUCCAACGUCAAUAAGAUCUGGUUGGAACGUGCGGGAGCCAAUGUGACCGCCUCGAAGCAAGUGUACCUUCUCUCACUCGUCUCAUUCAACGGAGAGAAUCUUCAGGAGCUUCGUCACCGUGAGAUUUCCGACGAGGCCAUCGAAUCGGAUCACACGAUCAACAAGUUCUUCGUCCAUUAA